AUGAUGGAAAUUGUCCGGAUACAUACGAGAAGGGAGCUUGUUGAAAUGUUGCAGUCGCUCAAUCUCAUCUGCUUCGUUCUUAUAUUUAUUCAGUACAACAAAGAUCUUCUCUUUUUUAGCUUUGUGCUCAAAUGCUUCUAUCAAUGGCUACUCUUAAAAGCCUGCAACUAUUUAAAAAAUUCCGCACAAAGCGCAAUUAUCUAUCUUUUGCCCGUGUUCACAUUCUACACAAUUAUUGCCAUUACUUUGCUCAGUAUAUGGAUCUACGGUCCACCCAUACCGUUUGAACGCUCUGAUGGUUAUCUGUAUGGAGGAAUGAUCGUCAAUUUUGUUGGCGAGCAAGCGGCAUCUUCAAUUAUGGAUAUGCUGAAGUUAAAUGUGGUACUUUGGCUGCUACAGUUCCUCAUUCUUGUUCUGCUGGCUGCUGUGAACAAUCGAGCAAAGGAGAGGACGGACGACCUAACGACGGACCAGGAGGACCAACAAGGUCCUCCUUCUCGUGACCAACGGCAAGAAGCACCAAGCGUGUUUAACAAUGGCAACCUCUUUUUCGCGCGGUACUCUUGGUCGGCCAUGUCUCGGCGGUAUUCGCCAUUACAGCUGUUGCGGGCGGAUGCGAAUGACCAAACAUACGUCCCUCCUAACGAUCCAUCGCUGUCGUCCAUAUCCCCCGUUGAAGUUAUUGAGGUGCACUGGAGGGACGUUGUCAGUGCCCUUCGCAGUUGA